CUUGUUUAGCAGCAUGCACCGUGUUUGUGUUUAUGGAGCUCUCUUCUCCAGAAAAUUUUUUUCCUUUCUUCUCUUCUUCUAUCCGAUAGUGAAUACACGUCAUGGUGUUCAACAUUGGUCGUUGGCUGCUGUUAUCAGCCGUCUGCUCAGUCUACGCCUCAGACGAUGGCACUCAUCACCAUCAUCGAGAAUUCUCACCGCAACGACUGAAUGAUUUAUCAGCGAAAUGGGGUAUUGACUGGGGCUUCUCUGGAAUAUCAACAUUUGCCCACCUGCCACACAAACGUUGCUUGACGGAUCCCGGCACUGAAUAUGACAUUGCGAUCCUGGGCGCGCCAUUCGAUACGUCUGUGAGCUAUAGGCCAGGAGCACGAUUCGGUCCCCGAGCAAUACGGGCCGCAUCCGCUCGCCAAACUUCGUUCCGCGGGUACAAUCCCCGUGCAAAAAUCAACCCCUACACAUCGUGGGCCACCAUCAUCGAUUGCGGAGACAUACCGGUCACGCCCUUUGACAACGCGCUCGCCCUUCGCCAAUUGACAGAGGCCUUUGAGGAGCUGGGCGACCGCCCACCUACCGCAGCAGCAGCCGCCUCAACGAAGGACUACCGUCGCUUUCCCAAGCUUCUUACCCUGGGCGGAGAUCACAGCAUCGCCCUAGCUGCGUUGAGGGCGCUGUCGUCUGUCUACAAGCAGCCCAUUUCCGUCGUCCACUUCGACGCGCACCUGGACACGUGGCAUCCGGCCAAGUACCCAUCCGCGUGGUUCGACGAAGCCGUGGAUGGGCCGGAGAUCCAGAGCUACUUUAACCACGGGAGCAUGUUCUGGAUCGCCGGGAACGAAAAGCUCAUCGCCAACGGGAGCUCGGUGCAUGCGGGACUGCGGACGCGUCUCGCGGGCGACGACGAGGGAGAUUACGCCGACGACGACACGCAGGGCUGGUCGCGCAUCACCACGGACGACAUCGACGAGAUCGGCGUCCAGGGCGUCAUCGACCGCAUCAUGACCCACGUGGGCACCGAGCGGCCCGUCUAUCUGUCGGUGGACAUCGACGUGAUCGACCCCGGCCUCGCACCCGGCACGGGCACCCCCGAACCCGGCGGAUGGACAACGAGGGAGCUGAUCAAGAUCCUGCGCGGAAUCGAGGGCUUGAACGUCGUGGGCGCCGACAUUGUCGAGGUCAGCCCCGCGUACGACGGCGCGGGGGAAACGACGGCUCUGGCGGCUGCCCAAGUCGGAUACGAGAUCAUCAGCAGCAUGGUCAAACGCGGCCUUAGCGACAAGCCGGUCGCGAGCGUAAGCAGAGAAUCGGACUCGGGUGCAGAGGCUAAGGAUGAGCUUUAAAGCCGCGUGUACGACCAAGAGGAAUGAGUUUCCGCUUUGCGGGUUCAAACGUUCUAGAGUUUGAGGACGUAGCUGCCUGAAUCACAAAGUAAAUUAGGCUCGCUCCAUUUUUAAAUUCAACGUCAUAUGCAAGUGGUGUUCUAUGUACAAGAAGUAGAUUGUUGCGCAAGGCUACGAUACAAUCGGCAAAGUGGUGGAAAAAAAAUUAAAGGUGCAAUAAAUGUCUAAGACUCGACCCUUUCACGGGAGUGAGUGUGUGGUAUCAUAAUUGUUUGCUGAUCUCCUUCCGCAGAACGCCGAGCAUUCGAACCCUACAGAUCAAGAUGGACAAAAACCCAAAGCCCAUAGUGAAAGUUUGCGUGACCGAAAAGCAGCCGCUUGGCCCGAGGCGAUGUUGCUGUUUCGCUCAAAUGCUUUCGCGCGGAUGAACAGGCGCGCUGAACGGGCUGAUCCCGUCGCGCUCCUCCUCCAAGCUCGACUUGGCUCCGUAGUCGUCUCCUUUGACCGUGGCGCCACCGAGGCUCGAGAACGUGUCGCGGCCCGGUUUCUUGUCCAUCUCCCAGCUUCCCACGCGCUCGUGGCCUCGUUU